AUGGUUCUACAACGCUUGGCUUGGCUUGCUGGCCUUGUUGGCUCGGCCCUUGCAGCUACCCCGGCUGAAUGGCGCUCGCAGUCAGUUUACUUUCUGCUCACUGAUCGCUUUGCCCGAACCGAUGGCUCGACUACUGCUGCUUGUGAUACCGAGGAUAGGAAAUACUGCGGCGGAACCUGGCAAGGAAUCAUCGAUCAGUUGGACUAUAUCCAGGGAAUGGGCUUCACAGCCAUCUGGAUCACUCCGGUCACUAGUCAAUUAACCGAGGAUACUAAGUACGGAGCAGCCUAUCAUGGAUACUGGCAGCAGGAUAUCUAUGCUCUCGACUCAAACCUCGGAACAGCAGAUGAUCUCAAGGCCCUCUCCGAUGCCUUGCACAAGCGCGACAUGUAUCUCAUGGUUGAUGUUGUCGCCAACCACCUGGGCUACGCCGGUGCGGGCACUAACGUGGAUUACUCCAAAUUCACCCCGUUCAACGACGCAAAGUACUUCCACGACUACUGCCCAGUCACAGAUUACAACAACCAAGAACUCGUGGAGGGCUGCUGGCUCGGCGAUGACAACGUCUGUCUUCCCGAUUUGAACACUGAGAGCGAGGAGGUCCAGAAGAUCUGGUAUGACUGGGUUGGAGAUUUGGUUUCCAACUACUCGAUCGACGGUCUCCGUAUCGACACUGUCAAGCACGUUCAGAAAGAUUUCUGGCCCGAAUUUAACAAGGCUGCGGGUGUCUACUGUGUAGGCGAAGUCUUCGAUGGGGAUGUCUCAUAUACCUGUUCCUACCAGGAGGUUAUGGACGGAGUGUUGAACUACCCCAUCUACUACCCACUCCUCAACGCCUUCAAAUCCACCUCCGGUGACAUCGCAGGUCUAUACAACGGAAUCAAAACAGUGAAGGACGGCUGCCCGGAUUCGACUCUUCUCGGAAAUUUCUUGGAGAACCACGAUAACGCACGCUUUGCCUCUCUGACCGAUGAUAUCGCCCUCGCCAAGAACGCCGCCACCUUCACCAUCAUGGCAGACGGUAUCCCGAUCAUCUACGCCGGACAGGAACAGCACUUCAGCGGUGGCGAGGACCCAGCCAAUCGCGAGGCCACGUGGCUCUCCGGCUUUGACACCGACGCCGAGCUCUACAAGCUCAUUGCCAAGGCUAAUGGAAUUAGGAAUGUGGCUGUUAAGGGUGAUAACUAUACCACUUACCAGAACUACCCCAUCUACAAAGAUGAACACGCUCUCGCCAUGCGCAAGGGCGACGACGGAUCGCAGACUAUCACCGUUCUGACGAACGCCGGGUCCGGCGGUGACUCGUCCACCCUUUCGGUGCCUGAUACUGGAUUCAAGGCUGGUGAUAAGUUGACUGAGGUGAUUACCUGUGAAGCCGUCACUGUUGACGAUAGUGGCAAUGUGCCCGUUCCUAUGGCUGGUGGCGAGCCGCGGAUUCUGUAUCCCAGCGAUUUGCUGAAGGAUUCAAAACUGUGUGCGUAG